AUGGGCUUCUACGCGGACGACCUCUUCGGUGUAACAAAUCUUACUACUGGCCUUUGGUAUCAUAUAGCUUAUGUUUAUGAUGUUGUAGCCAAUAAUCAGUCAAUAUAUUUGGAUGGACUAUCAGAAGGAAGUAGGGUAGCCAUCUCAUCUUACAUUGGUCAAAAUGCUAAUGUUACCAUCGGCAAAACAGGAAUACCUGAGGGGUACUGGUUCGAUGGAUUGCUCGACCAAAUAACAGUUACGAAUCGAGCUAAAACAUCGUGCGAAAUUCUUAACGAUGCAUCACUUGUCGCUCAUUUUCCAUUUGACAGUUCUACUGUGGAUAUUGGACCCAAUACAAUUACUGGUACGACUACUGUACAAGAUAACAGUGGCAUUAGCUGGAUGACGGGUAAAGUUAAUCAAGCAAUCAGUUUCAAUAAAACAAACUCCUAUUUUCAGUCAUGUGGGUUUUGGGCUUUGGGUCAGAACCAAGCUUAUUCUAUUGCUUUAUGGAUUAAUCCAUCGUUUCCAGUUGGUACACUCGUUCACUUAUCGACAGCAGCUACAGGCUCAGGUAGCUGGUGUCUGCCAAUGAUUGGAUUCAGUUCAAAUGGAUCGAUUGUGAGUCAAACUUGGAACAAUAAUGCUUUUGCUGUAAUUGGACCUAUUCCGCCGAUAAAUGCAUGGACUCAUAUCGUGCAAACAUGGAGUGGGGUCAAUGGAUUACGAUUAUAUAUCAACGGAGGACUAUAUGGGUCGAAAACGGUCUCAAUGUUCGCAGCUGGAGGUACUUCAAUGUGUGUGUUCCUAGGCAAUAGUGGAUUAGGAACUAACUGCCAAACGGGCCAGAUUGUAAUGGGCGCGUAUUCAGGCGCAAUUGAUGAAUUUUAUGUCUAUAACCGCGAAUUGUCUGAAUCUGAAGUGUGUCCUCUUGCUCAUCCAUGA